AUGGAUACUAUCAAUUUUGGAGCUGGGCCUGCUAAAUUACCUCGAGAGGUAAUGUGCAAGGUUCAAAGAGAUUUUCUGAACUAUGAAAACAGUGGUAUAAGUGUCGUUGAAAUGAGCCAUCGGUCAGCGGAAUAUGAAAAAAUAAAUAAUGAUGCGCAAAAAGAAUUACGAUCUUUACUAAAUGUUCCUGAGAAUUAUAAAAUUAUUUUUCUGCAAGGAGGUGGUACUGGUAUUUUUGCUGCUGUGGCUAUGAAUCUCAUGGGAAGAACAGGAUCAGCUGAUUAUUUUGUAACAGGAUCCUGGUCUUCUAAAGCUGCUAAGGAAGCUUCGAAGUAUGGAAAAGUAAACCUUGUAUUGCCCAAGACUGAUGUUUAUACCGAAGUGCCAGACAAAUCAACAUGGAAAUUAGACCCUCAAGCCUCUUAUGUUUAUUACUGUGCAAAUGAAACCAUCCAUGGAGUGGAAUUUCCAUUUAUACCAGAUGUUGAUGUACCCUUAGUUGCUGAUAUGUCCUCUAACUUUUUGUCCAGACCUGUUGAUGUGUCAAAGUUUGGAGUAAUUUAUGCUGCUGCACAAAAAAAUAUUGGACCAGCUGGAGUAACGUUAGUAAUAAUUCGUGAAGAUUUAUUAGGUAAUCCUUUACCAAUUUGUCCAUUAAUUCUGGAUUUCACAGUCAUGGCAAAGGACAACUCACUGCAUAAUACUCCACCAACAUUUGGAGUAUAUGUCAUGGGUCAGGUUUUCAAAUGGGUGACCGAACAAGGCGGUGUAGAAGAAAUGGAAAGAUUAGCCAAAUUAAAGAGCGAAUUAAUAUAUUCAACAAUUGAAAAUUCAGGAGGAUUUUAUUUCACCUCUGUGAAAGCUGGCUACCGAUCAAGAAUGAAUGUUCCAUUUAGAAUAAAAAAUAGUGAAUUAGAACCAGAAUUUCUAAAAGAAGCAAAAAAUCUGAAAAUGAUACAGUUAAAAGGACAUAGGCUUGUUGGGGGAAUCAGGGCAUCAUUAUACAACGCCAUAACAAUGGAAGAAACUCAAGCAUUCAAAAAGUUUAUGGAAGAUUUCAUGAAAGCCCAUAAGUGA